AUGGCAGACUCAUCUCCGGAACGUUUGGUGGCGCUCAUCCUCGAGAUUUCAAAAGCUGCUGCGCCCGUAGCCUACCUCGGCUGCGUCUGCUUGGGGUUGGUCAUUGGCGACUUCUUCGGUGCGCUCGAAUGGGAGUUGGCGCUGGCGAGAGAGUGCAAGAGGAGGGUGAUGGUGGCCUACUUUAUGGCUCGAACGUGUAGCGUCAUCGCGCUCUCUGUCCUCAUCGCCCUCAUGAGCGUCGGAAGCUUCAAGAUCGACAUUUGCGGGCCCCUCACGCACGUGAUGUCCACCUUCAUCGCCUUGUCGACAGCAUCAGCUCAGUACCUAUACGUGGGACGAGUCACGUCCAUCUGGCAGGCGCGCCCGUGGGUCAAAUACCUCAUGCUCCUCACCUGGUCCCUCUCCGCUUUGUCCUGGAUUCCCCUCAUCGUCUUCUUCGUCGGCCUGCAGAAUCCAGUCGGUCUGCUGGUGUGCAUUCCCGCCGAGCCUGUCAGCAACCUCACCACCAUUCCAUACUUUUUCAACAUGAUGUACGAUCUCUUGGUCUUUGCCUUGAUCGUCGUCGGCUUCCACCGCCAGGGCAAGCUCAAUCUCUUCAAACGCAAAUCGACCGAUAGCGACUUGACGCGCCAUCUAGUCGUCACUACAAUACUCUACUUUACCAUCCUGUCACUCUUCCUCAUUGGGCAGACCAUUGCGUUCUGGGUGGCCCAAUCGCCAGCACGCAAGGUCCUCUCUGCUCCUCUCCACGCUGCACUGGUGGCCAUCAUCUCGUGCCGGCUGUUCAGAAACUUGCGACAGCUCGCGCGUGGCGACAGUCCUCUGCCAACGGAGGCGCGAAGCGGAGGAGGAACGUUUGUCGGCAGGGGAGCGAGUAGCAAUGCUCGCCGCGACCUGAACGCCGAGUUUGAGACGUACGCUGGAGCAGUGCAUUUGCAUUCGCAAUCGUCACGACAGGCAGCAUCCGAGGAGCACACCGCUAAACCCAUGCUGAGCGAGUACUCCAAAGGAUUUGGCAAUUCACUGAGCCCGACUGCCACCCCGAGCAUCAACAACUCAGCUUUGCGCACACCGGACAUCUUCGAAGGGCACGGCUGGGCCAAGUGAGCUUGAGUUGCAUUUGGGGCGCUCUCCAACGUCUUGGGUUUCUAUCUCUGCGCCCCCCUCGCGAAGCUCCUCCCACUUCAACAGCCAUAUCACCUUUCACACGUCGAGCGGCACCAGCUUCGACGUCGUGCGUCAUCUUCUUGUGGUUCGCUCAUGUAUCUCGCUUGCACCAUACCCAAAGCCAUGCAGUCGAG